AUGUGGCUCCUAGCUCUGACGAUUUCGACCGCUAUUUGUUUUUCGAUCGCUUUCGACCUACGACAGCAUGGUUACGAUUCCCAGCACCUGAACAACCAGACAAAUAAUUCGAGGGAUUGCGAGACAGAAAAACGCAUAGAGUUCGAGAAUCAGAUGAAUGUCCUCAUCCGAGAAGCUUUACACAAUUUCUCCAAGAUCAUGACGUCUUCCGAUCUCGAGAACGACACUCCUGUGCUCGACCCGCUCCGAGUCAGAGACAAAAAUGUCACACCAGCUUUUGGCCCUGAUGUUUUUGACGUCCAUUUCAAGAAUAUCAAGGUCGAGGGGCUCUCCGAAUUCCUGGUGAACCAAGUUUCCACGGACAUGAAGAACUUCCGGGUGAAACUCUCAGCGAUAGCACCAAAAGUGACUUUGAACACAUUCUACGCAGUGAACGGUACGCUCUAUGAUCUGUUCAGUCUUCGCGGGACCGGUUUGGCCAAUAUCGAAUACACCGAAGUCUUCCUGAGAACUGCUCUCUACCUCGACAUUGCAGAAAACAAACUGCAGCUAGCAUUCGCAGAUCAGCCCUACGUGGAUUUCUCUUCUGCGCAAGUGAAGGUUAACGGUCGACAGGCGUCGAACCGACGCUACAACGAGUUAUCGCAUCAAGUGGCGCCCAUCGUGUUCUGGGUUUUUGCUGAAGAAGUGGCAACCGCGUUGGAGCCUCAUCUUCAGUAUUAUUUGAACGCACAUCUAGCGAAAGUAAGGCUUCCGGACUUUGCUGUCACUCUACGGGACAAUAUUAGCCUACCAAAGGUUCGCGUCCCGAAACCUAUACCUUACAACUAUAUAUCGUCAAUGCACUUCACUCCCGUGACGCUGUACUGAGUGGCACAGACCCCCAACUCUGGAUGGAUUCAACGCUUCAUCUGAAGCCUCUCUGUCGUAGGCUAUGAAUAAACAUCCUCGUUUGAGACAGAGAGUGGAUUUCCUAACCAAUAGAUAUUACUGUGAUUGAUGUCGUGACUUUUCGAGGGCGAAGGCUGCUUCCGUGUGUAGGUGGAUCGCUGAUUCUUCCGGAGCUCUUCCGGUUUCUCUCCGU